GAAGAUCGUAAACUAGCACAGUCUGCGACUUCCCGCACGACGGAUUUUGAGGCCGAAGGCUUAAGCAGAGAGGCACGUUUCACUCGCUUCACGUCAGGAGCGGUCGCCUCCUUGUACCCUGAAGGAUCCGCUCGCGGUCCUCCGCGAGGACACGCACGUCAGACGCGUUGGAUUGGAACCGUCGGAGAAGAGGAAGGGAACAGCUGGAAAUUAUAAAAGACCGAUCGACCGGCGAGAGGGGGGCAGUCGCUUCCGAGUGUGCACCUGGGGCACCACGAUCGGGGUCUCUAUAGGUUCAAGCAAAUCAUCGAGAAGCUUUCAAACGAAUUUAAGAUGGGAGAGACCGAGUGGGUAACUGAUGAAGAUAAGUACGAGUGCACUCUCUCGGAGGAGAUUCAGAAGAUUGCAAAGGAUGAGCUCAGAGAGGACAAAAAUACCAGGGAUCAAGCUCUGGAGCAGAUGCGCAAUUGGAUUAAAAUGAAUCCGCGUAUUCAAAAUUGCCGUCUCGAUGCACGAUUUUUACUAAAAUUCUUGCGAUGCAAAAAGUUCAACGUACCGAUGGCUCAGGAAGCUACUGAAAGAUACUUGCUUCUUCGUCAAGUAUAUCAUCAGGCGUUUAAUAACUUGGAUAUCACAGAACCCAAUAUGCAGGAGUUACUGUCAUUGGGAUAUCUGUUUGCUGCGCCUGGUCGCGAUGCGAAAGGCCGUCGCAUAAUAAUCGCGAGACCAGGCGUAUUCGAUCCUCAUAAAUAUACGAACGCGGACAUGUGUAAAAUUCACGCUAUCACUUACGAGACGCUGAUAGAGAAUGAAGAGAGUCAAGUCCGUGGAUUUGUGCAUUUCGCCGACGGUGCCGGGGUCAGUUUUCCUCAUCUGACUCUCUUCACUCCCAAAGAAGCCGUACGCAUCGUGAAAAACGGAGAGCGUACCGUGCCUAUGAGACACAAGGAAGUCCACGGGAUCAACGUUCAUCCCUCGGUGAAAUUUGCUGUAGACUUCGGAAUGUCACUGAUCUCCGACAAGAUUAAGAACCGCAUCAAUAUUUAUACGAGCCUCGAGGAUGCUAUCAACAACAAGAUAGACGUUAGCAUGCUGCCCAAGGAAUACGGCGGCACCAUUCCCAUAAAGGAAAUGAUCGAUAUGUGGCGGAAGGAGCUGUUAGAGAUGAGACCGAUCUUGCUGAAUAACGAUAAAAUGAGAGUUUGCCUCGAGCUAUACUCGGAGAAAGCGCGCGAGGGCGCAGUCUCGGCCUUAAAACAAGGAUUCGGCUGUUCCAGCGUGGGAUCCACCGACUCCACGAUGUACGGCAUAACGGGUUCCUUCCGAAAACUCGAGGUCGACUGAUGACCUUUGAACGACGCGCUUUCCACUAAUUGCGAUUUUUCUCUAGACAUAAGAGGCACGGGAUUGGUGCGUUUGCGUUGUUUGGAAGGAUUUUAUAUUGUAAUACUGGUAUUAAUUUUAUAUUGUAAUACUGGUAUUAAGAGUGGUAUUAAGUGUGUAAUUUUACCUUUAUUUUGUAUCAUGUAGAUAAUAUAUCGAUUAUAUUUAGAACUGCACAAAUACACAUAUAUCGAGUGUUGUACAUAACUUUUGUUAACACAUUAUAAUUAACGCGA